CAGAUUCCAGUCCAAUACCCAUCAUUCUGUAUAACGUGCCAGCCAACACUUUUCUGGAUCUUCCUCUUGAUGCAGUGGUACAGUUAUCCCAGCAUCCAAAUAUAAUCGGCAUCAAAGAUAGUGGUGGAGAUAUGUGUACAAAGACUUAAUUAAAAAAGGGGAUGCUUUCACAAGAGGAGAAGACAUCUGGAAGACCAGUACACAGCAAGAAAAAAACCUAUUGAGGCUGUAAAGGUCACAAGUACCUCAAAACCUCAACCACACCUGCUAGUAUCUUAAAAUGCAGCUACUGUUGCAAUGGGAGAACCAACUUUAAAGAGACCUCCAGAAAAAAAAAAACAGCUCAUGUUACCCCACUCCAUUGUCAGAUGACUUGGAUGACACUGAAAUUGCCUUGAUUCAGAACAGAGAAGAAUCAGAACAGAGAAGAUCAAGAAAGAGAGCACUCCGCCCCCUCAAUCUACCCCCUGCGAAGAUUCUGGUCCAGACAGGAGUUUUCUGGUCGUCAUUUUAUUUCAACUCUAACCCUCAGUGCGCACUGAAGCUGUCCGCUGUCGCAAAGUUACUCGGAUGAGUACGACGCAUCACUGGAUAUUUCCAUAGAAGUGCUGCAGGACUUCAUGUUUUGCAAAAAAAAAAAAAAAAAAGUUACUGGAGCUCCCUGUGCACAAACUUAUAACAGACGUUUCAACGAGAUGGAAUAGUGCCAAUGACAUGGUUGAACGGUUUUUGGAGCAACAGGCUGCAGUAACAGCUGCACUGCUCUCACCUGAGGUGAGGAAGAGAGAGAAGAAUAUUAGCACCUUGACUGAGUUGGACAUUGAAACAGUUUAACAGCACUUUUAUUUUAUUUAAGAGAGCAUUGUUUUUAGUUAUUUUGUUGCACAUUUAAAUAUUGAAUAUUUUAUUCAAGUUUUUGGUACUUGACAUUUUUAUGGUUCAAGGUUCUUUAUGCACUAUGUAUAUGUGUGCUCCUGAAAUAAAAAUUCAGAAAGAUGUGAUGCAUUGGUUUUGUUAAUAUAACUCCUAUACAGUCUCUUUAAGGGUAUGAUCAAGUAUUUGCCAUUGUCUAAUCUUUAUUAUGCAAACAAAAAUCACAAUUUAAACAAUGAAUCGCAAUAGCUACAGAAUCGCAAUAUGUAUUGAAUCAGCACAAAAGUAUCAGGAUAGUAUUGAAUCGCCAGAUUAGUGAAUCGUCCCAGCCCUAAUAAUUCCCCAUAAAAAUGUAUUUGUAACCAGACUUCGAUUCUGUCUCUUCACAAGCCUUUCAUGGGCAGUCAAAUCAGUGUCUGUCUUCAUCCAUUGACUCCAGUGAAACACAGUCAUACAGUCAUUAUUGAAGAAAGCUCCUCCAGCAAAUGAAUGAGGCUAGACGAUGAAGCUAAAAAGCUGAAAUACUGAGAUAGCAGGAUCUUAACUACCACCCCACUGUGUGUAAGGAACAGAAAGAAGAACAGGGAAGAAGAGUAAGCGACAAUCCAGAAGCCAUGCGUUCCCGUAGCAGCAGUCUGGAAAAUAUUUCAGAGGUGAAUUUCUCUCACAUGCAGGCUCAGACAGAGCAAAGAGAAUCCAUGUGUGAUGUGCCCUCAACCAGCUUUCGGGAAUCUGGCCGAUUAUGCCACAGGGAACCCUCAAACAACACGAGUACAGUACAACACAAGCAAAAAAUUAAUUGCUGCAACCAGGUACACAAGAAAAACAGUAAGCUGACAGAGCAGACAUCAACGCCAUCAUUGGGGAACAGCAAGGACCUUUCCCAUGAUGAUCUACUUCUUCUGCUAAGCAUUCUGGAGGGAGAGAUACAGGCCAGAGAUGAGGUAAUAACAGUGCUGAGAGCAGAAAAGAUAGAUAUUGCAUUACUGGAGGCCCAUUAUGGCUUUGUGACUCCUCCCAAAGUCCUUCAAGCCCUUCAGAGAGACAACAUAAGCAAAGGUCAUGGCUGCCGUGAAGACAUCUAUGAAAAGCCCAUUGCAGAGUUGGACAAACUUGUGGAAAAGCAGAAAGAAACAUACAGACGUAUGCUGGAACAGCUGCUGCUAGUAGAGCAAGCACACAAACAGGCACUCUACAGACUAGAGGAUGAGAAGCGCAAUCACAGCGAGUACAUGAAAAAAAGUGACGAGUUCACCAACCUUCUGGAGCAGGAAAGAGAACGAUUGAAACUAAUCAGUGAUCAAGAAAAGACCUAUCAGGAGCAAAGAGAGGAAGAAAAUAACAGGAAGGUCACCAAUCUGAAAGAUGAACUGACAAAACUAAAGUCAUUUGCCCUACUGGUUAUUGAUGAACAGCAGUGUGUCACAGAACAGCUGGCUCAACAAACUGCAAAGGUUAAGGAGCAGCAGGCUGCUGCCAGAGAGGCCCAAGAGGAGCUGAACUCUGCACAGACCAAGGCACAAAAAUUGAAGAGCAAGGUGCAGCAUUUGGAGGCUCAAUUGCAUGACCAAGCUGUUCAGUUCCACCAAGAACAGGAAGCCAUGAACACCAAACUGACUGAUGAGAAAAAACAAAACAGGCAUUUGCAUCAGAAGCUGUCUACACUUUGUCAACAACUGGAAGAGCUUGAGCAGUCAAACAAGGUCCUUCGUAGAGCAGAAGAGGAACUGCAGGAGCUACGGGACAAAAAUAGCAAAAGACAGAGUGGAAACUUUAGCCUUGUGUCAGAAUUGGAAGAGUUGAGGAAAAGAGUUUUAGAAAUGGAGGGAAAAGAUGAGGAAUUGAUAAAUGUAGAGAAUUUGUGCAGGGACCUUAAGAGGAAGCUGGAGAGGGAGUCCAUACAAAAAUGUAGUUUGACAGCAGAGUUGGACAAGUUGAAUUACAGAAUCAUGGAGCUUGAAAACUUAGAUGUUGCCUUAGGAAAGAGUAAGCAGGAAUGUAGCUCACUCAGGUGCAACCUUGAAAAUGAAAAGACAGUUACUAAACUUAUGUCUAAUGAAUUAGAUAAUCUGAGGAUAAGGAUCAAGGAACUUGAAGAUGCAGAAGGUCUAUUAGAAAAAAAUGAAUGGACAUUAAAAGAAGAUCUUACAAAAUUGAAAACACUAACAGUAAUGCUUUUUGAUGAAAGGAAAACCAUGGCAGAAAAACUAAAGCAACUGGAAAACAAGGUUCAAAACAGCACUGAUAAACUUCAGGCUGAACAGGACAAAGUAACAGUAGUUACAGAAAAGCUUAUUGAAGAAAGCAAGAAAGCAUUAAAAAUCAAAGUAGAGAUGGAGGAAAAAAUGUGCAUUGCCACCAAGGAAAGAGAUGAUUUUCAGACCAAGCUAAAAACUGAGGAGGAGAAAAAUAAUGCACUUCAGUCAAAAAUCAGCAUGAUGAAGAAGAAGCUUCAGUCAUUGGAGGCUGUUGAAAGGGAGUUUUUGAGGGACAAAGCAAAACAGGAUCACAGGAAAGGACCUAUCCAAAAUGGUUUCCAACAAGAAGACAACAAAGUACAAAUUUUAACCCAGGAGAUAGAAUGGCUUAGGAAGAAACUCAAAGAAAUGAAUGUAGAUGAAAAUGAUCUAAAAACACACACUGAGUUUGAAAAGUUAGAAAAGAGAUACGCUAAUGAAAAAUCUCUUACAGAAGAGUUAGAGAUGACAAGGCAGGAGCUUUCUAAAUACCAACUGAUUGAGAAGGAAAAUUUGAACCAAGAAGACAUUCUGUAUAAGCAACUAAAAGAGGAAGAGAUCAAGUCCAGUCAUCUGACAAAAGAAGUGGAAGCAUUAAAAGAAAAGAUACACAAUUAUAUGGGGACAGAAGAGUCUAUCUGCCACAUGAAAACAGAAUAUGCAACUCUCCAAAGAAAGCUUACCCAGCAGGAAGUCAGAAAUAAGGAACUUGCCAGAGAGAAGGAGAGCUUAACAAGGGAGUUGGAGCGAUACCGUCGCUUUAGUAAGAGCCUCCGGCCUGGCAUGAUUGGGAGACGGUUUUCAGACCUACAAGUCUCCACAAAGGAGGUUCAGACUGAACCAACAGAUAGCCAUACAACGACUUCUAAAAGCCUUAUAGAAAGAGCUGUUGUGAAUGAAAAAAUGCAUGAGAGUAAUCAACAGUAUCAACCCAAUUGUAAUAAAAUUAAUCCAGCUAAAUAUAGUCCCUCACUCAAAAACAGUAAUAACCAAAACAACAAUGUGGCACAGAUUAGAAAUCCAAUUUUAAAAAAUAAAGAGAAACAGCAGCUGAUUAACUGCAACAUGCAAAACACACAAAAUGGAACUCAGCAAGAGGAUGUGUUUCUGAAUCCGAGCCAACAUCUCCACAUCGAGGUGACACCAGUCUGUAGCCAGAACACAGCUACUCUAGAAAUUACAAGUCCUACUAAAGAGAAUAAUCCAUCUUUUACCACCACAGCAGUUAUCCCAACCAGUGUUUGCACCACAAAACAAGAAAUUACUAUUGUUCAGAAUGUACCAGUAUCAACACAGAAGAAUACAAGUCCUUCCAAUGAAAACUCUUCCAUACCUGAACAGUCAAUUUCACCUCUUAGUAUGCCAUAUCUCCAAACAGUGAUUCCUGAAUUCACAACUUUAUUGACACCAGACUGUUCAGUGUCACCUACUGACAUAUCAACAAUCACAACAGGAAUUUCUGAUAGAGCACCAGAGACAAAGAUCAAAGCAGGAGACAACGAGUUUUGUGUGACAUCACAAAGGCAAAAUAACUGGCAAAUACAUAGGUAUAAUAGCUCAAGCCAAAGUGUCAUCAGCAAUGAAGACAACAAAAUUCACAUUCACUUCGGCAUCCCUUAUCUCCAGAAUAUCAAUGCCAAUGCAGAAGCCCCCAAUUCCUGCUAUUCUCAAAGAACCUCAGCAUUAUCCAGUGGAACUCCAGCCAAAGUUAACAGCAAAAUUGCAAGUAGCAUCAGGAUAAAGCCUGCCUCCACUUCAAUUACACAGCCAUCUCAAAUUUCAGUACCUGCUGAAGCAUUCCAGCAGUCUGGUCCAACUAGAAUACCCAAACCUAAAACCUGCAGUACUCCAACAGGAACAAACUCCAGGGCUGCACUGAUACAAAGUAAAGGAACUGCCCAGGUCCCGCCUAAAUUGGGGAAAAACCUGUGUAAUGAUUUGAAUACAGAGAACCUAAUUACAAAGUCAUAAUGAAUGUUAAUUCAGCAAUCUUUUUAGAAACUGAGAAUAAUUUAAGUGAUUAUUAUUUGUUUAUUUUUAGAAUUAUUUGUUAGAUAAAGAGCAGAUAUUUUCCUUGUAUGCAAUGAUCAUGAAAAAAUAGAGAUUAUGAGCAAGGCUGUAAUUUUCUUUAUAUUUUCUUGGGUUGAAUCAGACCUAGGUUGUACCAGAGGUCCAUAAUAUUUUUAGGGAACACCCCAAUCCCAAUAUCAUCCUCACACAUUAAAAGACAACAUUGAU